AUGGUUGGACAGAUGAUGUGGUUUAAAAGAGAGUCGAAAGCGGCUGUAGAUAAAGGUGAGAAUGGAAUGGUCAAUAAACUUAGGAGGAAGAAACCAGUUAUACUGAAGGCGACGAGAGAGUCCAGUGAACGGGAAACUUCGACGGAGAGUGACAAAGAAAGGAGAAGAUAUUCAGACAUACUCGACGUCGUUUCCAUAGAGAGACGAGAUGAGAGCGACGAGUCGUUAUACGAGUCCGCGGAUGGCCACAGCGAUGCCAUAUCCGCGAGCGAUGAUGCCCUGCCUAGGCUCAGCAAGACACCCACCAUCAGCAAAGAAUCUCUCAAAGUAGCUGUAACAGAUGAAGAAGUAGACUUUGGUAAAACUAAAAAAACUCACAGAAAAACUAUGUCCUUAUCAAACCCAAUAGAAAUAGUCAAAAACCUAGGGGAUGAGUGGUUCGAAUCAGCAAGGAGAGAAUUAGACAGAAAUAAUGACAAGAAGAAAUCAAGAGAAAGUCUGUGGAGCGAAGAAGAUCGUGAUUCUAUUCACGGGUCAUCGAUGAAACUUGACCAAAUAAGAAAAAAUAGUAAAAAAGAAGACAAAAAUCUGGCAAACCUCAGAAAAAUCAGUACAGUUGAAGCACCUAAAACUAGGAAAACUAGCAAAGGUUCAUCAGUCAGUGCAUUAAAUUUUCUCAGGCGGAAAAAGACGCCAACUUCUACAAAGCCUGUAGAAUCAGUUGCCGAAGAUGACAAGAGAUUACGGUUAGAUGAAAUCAUGGACCGUACAAAGUUAUUUCUAGAGAGUGAAAAGCAAUUUUCCGCUAUCACAGCCACAAGGCCUGUAAGGCCAGUCGAGACAGACUCAGAGGACGAGCCUCCUACACCUAAAAUGAAUGAACAUAGGAGGAGAUUGAGCAGACAGACAUCUAGAAGUAAAAGUAAAGUUCGGGGGAAAAGUCAAUCUCUUAAAGUGAAUACUUUAAGAAAGUCACACAGCGGGACCUUAAAGAAAGGAAAAAAGAAGAGCGUAAAGACUCCUUCAUCUGGAAGGAGUAGGCAGGCCAGCAUCGUGGAACAAACUCCCAUCGCUAAGAAAAAACACUCAGACUCUACGAAGCAGAAUUCUUGGCUGUUCAGUGGAUCUCGAGGAGAGUCGCGGCGCGAGGGCUCGACAGACGAACCGACAGCACCAGACGGUGAUGUAGACACUAGUGAUGCUAACACCAAGGAACCUGACAAGGAUAACAAUUGGCGUUCCCCGGCGACAGGUGGCGGGCGCGGCGUGAACCGAGCGGAGAGUUGUCGCGAGCGUGACGCGCCGCGCCGCGGCAAGCACCGCAACGCGAGCGACCCCAACCGACUCACUGCACACAAUAACCAUGACCUGGAGCCAGGCGCGGCUACCGCCCCCUCCGGCAGCUCCAGCAGCUCCAGCCUCUCCUCCAGGAGUAAUGAGAGCAACACCGUCGCUGCUGAGCAGCAAGCAUCUCAAUCCGACUGGUCGGAGGAAGAGGAGCCGCUGGCGGCGCAGUGGGCGGACAGCCUGCCGCCGCACGUACUGGACGGACUCGAACUGUCCGCCGCGCUCCGGAAGAGGCAGGAGGUCAUACAUGAGCUGAUCGUGUCGGAGGGCUCCCACGUGCGCUGGCUCCGCGUGCUGGGCGGCGUGUUCCUGCGUCCGCUGGAGCGGCACGCGGCGCUGCUGGCGGCCGACGAGCUGCGCGCCUUGUUCCCCAACCUGCCCGCCGUCAGGGAGCGACACUCGCGCCUCUACACCGACCUGCGCACCGCGCGGAACGACGCGGGGAACCAUGUUGUACAGAUUAGACCCGUGGCUGAUGCACUAUUGAAUACGUUGGGAGACUCUGGGUACGCGCAGUGCGUGUCGAAGUUCUGCCGCGGGCAGCGCAUGGCGCUGGACGCGCUCCGCGAGCGGCGCCGCAAGAGCAAGGAGCUGCACCAGUUCCUCGCCGCCAGGGAACAACAACCACUCUGCGGCAGGCUGCAGCUCAAGGACAUGCUGGCCUGUGUCUGGCAGAGAUUGACGAAAUACCAGCUCCUACUGGAAGGUAUCCUGAAGACAGUGGUGGAAGGUGAGGAGACGGAGGAGGACUUGGCGAGGUUGCGGCGAGCUCACGAUGUCGCCAAGGAUGUGUUACACAGGGUCGAUACUGCCAUCAGAACUGCUGAGAAUGAACACAGACUGCGCACAAUCCAGAGUAAGUUAGAGAUUCGAGUCCCGAGUGCGAGUGAGUGGGACGAGCUCCGUCGCCUGGACCUCACUCAACAUCGACUCACUACUGAGGGAGACCUCACGCUCAGGAACGACUCCUCCAAGAGGAUUAAUGUACUUGCGCUGAUGCUAGAAGACAGCCUGGUCCUGCUGCAGCGCGAGAGUGACAAGUUCGUGUUGAAGCCGAUCCCGCUGCCCAGCCAGUCACUCAUGCUGUCGCCACUUAUCAAGUGGGACAAGGUACUGUUUCGUCCUAACGCUGCGGUGCGCAAUACAUUCUUCCUCAUGAACAUCAACGGAGUACAGAUGCACGAGCUGUCUGCCAACUCCGCGCCGGAGUACGCCUCUUGGGUGAAGCACAUCCAGGAAGCCCCGCUGGCCAAGCUGACCGAGCUGAAGGCCACCAUACCCACGCAACAUGCUCACUCGCGCUCUGCUGACGACUCCGGAAUAAACGUAUCCCGCAACCCAUCGGACGCUUCCGAGAAAUCAUCAUCGACGGCUCCCGGAGACGAACCGGUCGAACCGGAGAAGGACCGGACCUCGGUAGAGAGGACAUCCGCCGAACGAGAGGACAAGAGGACUGACGACGACAAGAGGAGCACUGACGUGGAGGACAGGUCCUCUACUGAUAAGGAGGCUGAGGUCACUGAAAAGGAGGACAAGCAUAAACCCCGGCGGCCGACAGUGGGCCGCAUCAGUACGCAGGCGGCCGGCGCGGGGCUGGAGGCGCCCGCCGCCGUCACCGUACGCGCGCCCGCCGCGCACACCGCGCAGCGCGUCUACACGCACGCAGAGCGUCUACGCCGCCUCGACUCAGUCAUUGCUAAGGCAUUGCGUGCGAAAUCAUCAAUAGUGGGUUCAGUUCUCGGCGUGCCACCGCAGAAUUAUGCGCAGUUCGCUGACCUCGCCGUCGCUGACGCAUUGGGAGAAGUUGACGUAUGUGGCGAGCUCCGCGGAUCUCGCGGCGCAAUAUCCCGCAGUAGUAGUGUGGAGGACGACGCGCCCGCUACUGACCUACACCAACUGCUACUGGCUGCGCACGCGCAGGCGGCCCAGCUGACCCGCUGCCUGCAGCGCGCGCUGUCGGUGUCGGAGGCGGGCGCCGUGGCGGCGCGCGCGCGGCCCGGCCGGUGCGACUCCUGCCGGCACAGGGACCUACUGCCGCUACAUACUGAAUCAUUCGAAAUGGUAUCCGGACCAGAAGAAUUAGACGUACCCACGGAUGGCCCGGCAGCGACCCCUGCGGCGGGCCCCGCGCCGCCCGCCCUGGGUCCGUGCGACCCGGUGGACGCGGAGGUGCUGGAGAAGGAGAUGUCGGACGCACUCGCAGAGUACGAGCUGCCGCCCGACUGUACUGGCUGCGAGGAUAAUGCGGAGGAUGCACUCGAAUGCAGUGGCGACGCCCCGCUGCUGGCGGCGCGCGUGCUGCGCGUGUCGUGCGGGCUGCAGACGACACUGUCGCGCGCGCUGGGCGGGCUGGCCCCCGCGCGGGCCGCCACGCUCGCGCGCCAGCACGUCGCCGCGCUGCGGGACGCCAACGACGCGCUGCGGGCGCGCGCCAUGCGACCCGACCACCAUACGACAGAAGAGAUCUCCAUCCCCAAGGCGGGACUGGACCCCUCUAUACAGGACCAACCAAGUAAUGGCGGGUGA